AUUUUUUAGCCCCGUACAUUGAGUCGGAGCUUUCUUUUGUGAGUCGAGUAUAUAAGUAAACAGCUGCAUCCUCCUGCUUUUUUCUCACAUCUGGUCAAGUCUUGAAGAACACUACAACAACGCACAGCCACUCGAACCUUUUUCAAUCCUCUCGUUCAUCAGAGUCUAUUGACAUCACCCUCUACAAAACACCCGACUACCUCCUCCAAACAUGUCCCGCUACGCCGAAGCACACGUUAAGCCGAACGGCCCUGGUGAUGCGCGUCCAACAGCCCUACAAAUCGUCAAGGAUGAAGGUGCUGAAGGCAGUCUUAAGGGCCAGGUCGUUGUCAUCACCGGUACUUCUUCCGGCAUUGGUAUCGAAACUGCCCGCGCCCUAGCCGCCACUGGAGCCAACUUAUUCCUCACUGCUCGGGACAUUGGCAAGGCCCAAACCGCCCUUGCUGGUGUGAUCGAUCCAUCCUGUAUGGAAAUCGUCGAGAUGGACCAAGCAAGCCUCUCUUCUGUCCGCACAGCUGCUGCGACUAUUCUCGCCAAGACGCACAAGAUUCACCUCCUCAUCAACAACGCCGGCAUCAUGGCUAUCCCCGAUCUCCAGCAUACUACUGACGGCCAUGAGCUCCAGUUUGGCACAAACCACCUCUCCCACUUCCUCUUUUACUCGCUACUAGAGCCCGCACUGCUUGCGGCCGCAACUCCAGAGCUGCCCUCCCGCGUCGUCAGCCUCGCAUCCUCAGCUCACAACGUUCACGGCCUUUUAGCCUCGACGGAUUAUGCUUUUACUGAGACUCCCUACCAACCCUACGUUUCCUAUGGCCAAUCUAAGACAGCCAAUAUCUACUUGGCCAACGAGAUCGAACGCCGCCACGCCGGGCGCAAUUUGCACGCGACAAGCGUCCACCCCGGUAUUGUAGCCACGGGACUGGCGCAGCACAUGCCUCCUGAUGCGUUCAAGGGCAUGGAAGCGCUGUACCCAACGAUGAAGAGCGUGGAGCAGGGCGCUGCAACGUCGGUGUGGGCCGCUGUUGGCAAGGAGUGGUCGCAUAAAGGCGGGAAGUAUUUGGUUGAUUGCGCCGUGGCAAAACCGUAUAUGGACGGCGAAGAUAAGGUUACGACGCUUGGAUAUGCGCCUUGGGCGUAUGAUGUUGACGAGGCGAAAAGGUUGUGGAAGGACUCGCUUGUGCUUGUCGGGUUGCCGGCCGAAGAGUAAGGGAGGGGUUUAAGCCAUCUAGCUAGUCGGUGUCGAAAUGUAAAUUUUGAUAAAUUCAACGUUGAAGUAGCCCAG